AUGACUCUCUGGAGUCAGUGGUUCCCCAUCCCAGGGUUCACUGCUCCAGAGCAGUCGUUCAUGCGGCGUCUGUCUGGUACAUUCCAGCUGACGAUGGAGUCUUGGGCCUUCUGUGACCUGGUGAACACCGCCGCCUCCGGGCGCGGGCACGCUUCCCAGCGCGAGCAUCCUGCAUGGGAGUCGCGUUCUCACGUUGGCCAUGGGUAUGCAAACUCGACGGACUUUCUGGUUCUUAACCUUGGAACGGAUGUCAUCGUCCAGCCUGGACUGGUCGACGAUAUGCCGCCCUGGUUUCCAACCCCGUUCCUGGUACCCAUCCCAGUCUCGCUUUGGGCAGGUGACAGAGUGACAUCUUCUGAUCCCGAGGAAUUUGUCGACUUCCACUCGCCUAGACCCAAGCCUGGGCAAGGCUUCGUUGCCACGUUGCUGUUCGUCGGUGUUUGGUGUUUCGUUCAAGUCCCCUGGGCCUUGAUUGCUUACUCACGGCAAUUGUUCUCCGGACUUGAUACCUUGAUUGAGUGGAUUCUGAAGGUUCUCGAGGGCCAACCACAGAUUGCACGUGUGCAAUUUGUGGUUGAGGAGGAUUCAUCUUCUUUUGACAAGAAGAUGGAUAUUCUGAUCGGAGGCCCAACGGAAACGGACGAAGAAAUUCUUUCUUGGGUGAUGGCUGCAGACAAUCGUCCCGAGUCUGUGUCUCAUGUGUCUGUUCUCUCUCAAUCCGGAGGUAUCUGGGUCCACCGGAUCACCAAAGGUCUGGGAGACGAGCAGCCAUUGGACCCAGAAUCGGCGCGCAAUACCACCGAGCCGGCUAGCACUACGGAUGACGCUCGCGCAAACAUGGUCUCUCGGCACCCCUGGAACUCGACUGAUCUCUACGCCUCCGACCAUGAAGAUUCUCCGGCUCCGGCUGGGAGUCCGAUUGGCAACGGUGCGGAAGAUGAGCGUCCCGAUUCCACCCCGGCGUACUUCAAAAGGAAAAACCGUCCAUCGCAAGCAAAGAGACGUCGCGAUGCAAAGAGAGCACGACAGGAAAGUAAGGAACUUCAACAUUCAAAUGUUUUAGCCUCUUACGCUUCCAGUGCUUCUCUUGCGAUGCCUCCGAGCUCGACGUCUUUGUCGGCUUCGGCUCCGGUUUUUGUUCCUGGUCGUUUGGCGGAGCAGGGUGAUUCGCAGAGUGGUCCUCUUUCUCCGGCUCCCUUGUUCGCAGAUGUGGGCAUUGAUCCUCCUACGGACUGUGGUACGACUUCGCCCGAUGACAACGCUCUUCCCCAGCGGUCCCACCGCGGUCGUCGCCGUCGACGGCAUCAUGCCUAG